UCUAUUGGGGGAGGCUGGCCGGCGUUUGAAGCAUUUCUUGGGGGAGUGUAUCUGCGGGGCGGCAUCAACUCCAUCCCCAACCUGCAUUCCUACCUCCACCCGUUGUGGACCGACACCCAAGCGAAGGCGACAGCCGGGGAUCCAGGAAGCCAUGCAUCAUGUCAGCUGGAGCCUACAGCCGACUCUAAACUCUCUUCAACAUGUGGAUGCGGCCGAGAGAUGACCUGUCCAGACAAGCCAGGGCAGCUCAUUAACUGGUUCAUCUGCUCCCUGUGUGUGCCGCGGGCGCGCAAACUCUGGAGCAGCAGGCGUCCAAGAACCCGGAGGAACCUUUUGCUGGGCACUGCCUGUGCCAUCUACCUGGGCUUCCUGGUGAGCCAGGUGGGGCGCUCCUCUCUCCAGCACCGACGGGCAGCAGAAAAGGGGCUGCCCAAGCUCAGCGACCCCAACGCUGAGCCCCCCUUCCCAGAGAUCCCCUUAGACGGGACCCUUGCCCCUCCCGAGGCCCAGGGCAAUGAGUCCACGCUGCAGCCCAACGUGGUGUACAUUACCCUACGCUCCAAGCGCCGCAAGCCCUCCAACAUCCGGGGCACGGUGAGACCCAAGCGCAGGAAGAAGUAUGCAGUGGGGUCUCCGCUCCCUGGGCAGGUGCUGAUGGACCCAUCUCUCCCGCUGCAGGAUGCUGCGAGGGGCGCUGAGGCCGAAAUGCGUGGGUACGCCCAGGGAGGAAACCCUGGGGCCAAGCCCGGGGAACCACCCUGGAGGCUGCUCCGGGGUCCUGGAGGGCCGGGUGGGGGCUCAGAUCUGCAACCUGCCAAGGUCAAGGAGAGCAACAUCAGGAUCUACAGCGAGAGCGCCCCCGCGUGGCUGAGCAAAGAAGACCUCCGCAGAAUGCGCCUCUUGGCCGACGGGGCGGUGGCGGGGUUCCAGGCAGUGUCCUCCACGAGUGGAGUGCUCUUGCUGGUGCUGGAGCCCGGCGCCGCUGGCCCCGGGCCCGCCUGUGGGCCUAGUAGCCCCUGCGGACUGCUCAAGCAGCCUUUGGACUUGAGUGAGGUGUUUGCCUUCCACCUGGACAGGAUCCUGGGCCUCAACCGCACGCUGCCUUCCGUGAGCCGGAAAUCAGAGUUCAUCCAAGAUGGCCGCCCAUGCCCUGUCAUUCUCUGGGACUCCUCUUUGUCUCCAACAAGUAAUGACACUCACUCAUCUGUUAAGCUCACAUGGGGGAACUACCAGAAGCUGCUGAAGCAGAAAUGUUGGCAGAAUGGUCGAAUUCCCAAACCUGAAUGGGGAUGUACUGAAAUACAUCACCAUGAGUGGUCCAAGAUGGCGCUUUUUGACUUUUUGUUACAGAUUUAUAAUCGCUUAGAUACAAAUUGCUGUGGAUUCAGACCUCGGAGGGAAGAUGACUGCGUGCAGAAUGGACUAAGGCCAAAAUGUGACGAACAGGAUUCGGUUGCUCUAGCGCAUAUUAUCCAGAAAAAGCAUGACCCAAGGCAUUUGGUCUUUAUAGACAAUAAAGGUUUCUUUGACAGAAGUGAAGAUAACCUAAACUUCAAGUUGUUAGAAGGCAUCAAAGAGUUUCCCGAAUCUGCAAUUUCUGUUUUGAAGAGCCAGCACUUGAGGCAGAAACUUCUUCAGUCUCUGUUUCUUGAUAAAGUUUACUGGGAAAGUCAAGGAGGUAGACAAGGAAUUGAAAAGCUGAUUGAUGUAAUAGAGCAGAGAGCCAAAAUUCUUCUUACCUACAUCAAUGCACAUGGGGUGAAAGUCUUACCUAUGAAUGAAUAACAAAAGGGUUUUCUGGCUAGCAUACUUAUAUGUUUUUGUUUUUGUUCUGGAAAUCUGACACAUCACGUCCUCUUAGGAAUGAGGUAAAGUAGAUGAAUAUAUAAGUGAAUUUAACUGAGUAUGUGUGACGGUCCCGAGCACUGAAAGUAGACUUAAAAGCUUUAACAAGUAUAGUGAUCAAAAAUAGUUGUUUAUAUUUCACUCUCAUUAUGCUGCGGGAGUCUAGCUUCUAUUUACAGGGGGGUUUCGAUUACUAUUCAAGCUAGUGUUGCUGAAAUAUUUCAUGUGAAAAAGAGAUUCUGCUUCCAUUUAUUAUUAUAGUUUAGGCCAUUUUGGCAGAUUGUGGCCAAAUUCUGAUAGUUCUUGGUGCUGGUUUGUCACUAAUUGUUAAAAUAUAGCAGUCCAAACAUUACUCAGUGACAAUUCCGUAUUGGACUGUAAAUAUGACAUGUAUAAGCUUCAGCACCUACAGUAUGCUAAGUAGACUUGGCAGAUUAUUUGUAAAACCACUUGUUUGUGUUUUUUUUUACAUGUCUAUGUAUCUAUAUCACUGUCAUCCCAUUGCUCAUCGAUUUGCUAGAGUGGGCACCAGUAACAUCUCCAUUGUGAGACUUGUUGUUACUGUUUUUGGCAUAUCGAAUAUGCCACGGGUAGCUUGCCAGGCUCUGCUGUGCAAGCGAGAUACUCUUGGUGGCUUGCCAGGCUCUCCAAGAGGGAUGGAGGAAUCGAAUCUGGGUAGGCCGCAUGCAAGGCAAAUGCCUUACCUACUGUGCUAUUGCUCUAGCCCUAGUCUAUAUAUGAUUAUUUGAUUCUGUGCUGAAAAUACCAUAAUUUUGUUGGCUUUUGGACCAUGACCAGCAAUGGUCAGUGGUAACUCCUGGCUCUAUGCGCAGGACCACUUCUGGUAGUGCUCUGAGGACCAUAUGAGAUGUCAGUGAUCAAACCUGGGUCAACUGUAUGCAUGGUAAGAAACCGACUGUUGUGCUAUCUUUCCAGCACCUCUGUGUGUAUACUGCAAGAAUCACUUUUACUGAACUUUGAGAAAUUAAUUGGUUGCCAAUAUGGAUAUCAUCCAAAGCUGACUAUGUGUAUGGUAUUAGUUUGUUUUCUCAGUUUUUGUCCAGUUUCUACCUAGAAGCUUAGAAAGUAAACAACAUGAAGCUAACAAGUUCCUACGUAAAACUACAUCAUAUAGUAUCUUUUAUUUUUAAUUGAUAUUUAAAAUUUUUUUAAAUUAGUGAAUCACUGUGAGGUACAGUUAGAGACUUACAAACGUUCAUGCUUGUGUUUCAGUCAUACAAUGAUUGAGUACCCAUCGCUCCACCAGUGCUCAUUCUCCACCACCAAUGAUCCCAGCAUCCCUCCCACCACCCCCACCCUGUCCCCCUCACCCAAGCCCACCUCUGUGGCAGGGCAUAAUGGAUUCUUUUUUAAAUGCUUUUUUUCUUAACAAAGAAUAUACCAUAAUUUCUACAGUUGUUUUAAAUGUUAGUGUUCUUCUUCUGUUCAUUUAAUCUGAUUUGAUUGAUAUUGCCCAGAUAUUGACAAUAGGAUCAGAUAUUGACUGAGUUUAAAAAUAUUGUCAGGUUUAUUCCAGUAUGAGAAGUAUGGGCAAAAAUAAAUUAAACCAUGUUUUAUAAAAUUUCCUCCAUGAAAACACAUGACUAGCUCUAAAAUAGCAAAGUGGAAUAUCAUUAACUCUUAUUAUCCCCAAACUCCCUCUACCAAAUUUUUAAUUAUGUAGAAGGACAUGGAUAUAUAGUACUAAGCACUAUACUGAGACUUUAUGUCUUUAGAAUGUCACUAUGAUAAUCAUAUAUGCUAGAUAUUCACAUAAAAUUCUAAUGUCUAGAGAAUAUGAUCAUUAUCCUGCAAACCCCACUCUAUCCUUAUCUAAAGGCUGACUUACUGACUUCUUUCCCUGAAAGUUUCAAGGCAGUUUAAAAUAUUGAUAAUACAUAUUCUAGUAUCUAUUUUUAGUUCUUAAUUUUGGUAAACUAUACCCCCUUUCCAUGUUCUGUGGCUAACUCUGUAUCAUUGAAAAUCAGAACAAUUUAAAAACAUUAUAAUAAAGAGCUGGAGAGAUGGUACAGUGGGUGAGGUGCCUAACUUACACGCAGUCACCCAGGUUUUAAUCCAUAGCAUCCCAUGUGAUCCUCUGAGUCUUAUCAGGAUUGAUUCCUGAGUGCAGAGCCAGGAGUAAGCUGAGCACUGACAGGUAUGCUCCCCGAAACCAAAAUAAAGGUAUUAUAAUGCAUUAUAAUGAUACCUGAUACCCAAAUUUUGAAUAUAUGUGAAAACAUAUGUUCAAAUUUAUACAAAUUUAUGAAAUUGGAAAGCCAUAAUCGCAUGUCAGUACUAGAAGAUGGAGUCAGGAAAGAGAAAUCAUUUGUCAUCGGAUUAUUAAUUCUCUUGGGUCCCUGGUAGCACCUUUAUUCAGUGAGCUCAUCAUUGAUAUUUGGACCAAUUUUAUCUCUUCAAAUGUUUUGUUUAUAGACUGCAGUGUCUCCCUCUAGUCCAAUAUAACCAGAAUAUUGCAGUGUUCAGAUUCUCUUGAGCCUUCUUGUUCAUCUGGACAGCUCCCUUCUCCCCUAUCCUGCCUAUUGAAUUAACAUUUCUUUCAUUGGUUGUUGUUUUGGGGUCUCCCUAGUACUGUUCAGGAGGCCUUUAGGUGCUCCUCCUAGAGAUUCUCAGCCAUGUGGGUCCGCCAUUCCAUUCAAGAGCCAGGGUGCUGCUCUGGCCUCGUGGUGCUGGGACACCUACAGGUGCUGAGGGCCUCCAGCGCUGCUCCCAGUGAUGCUCGGGGGGCCAUGCUGUCCCAAAACUUCUGCCUUACCAUCUGCCCUAUAGCUCCAGCCCCUGAGUUAGCAUCUUCAUGAGAAGUCUGCUAAAAGGAACUUGGAGACCCAAAUUACACUUUGACUAAGGUACUGACUUGAAAUAACUCUGUCAAAUUGUCUAACAACUUGUCUUGUCAAGGUAUCAUCACACCUAGCUUUAUCAAGGUAGCAUAUUUCCAUUUGAACAUGCUUUUCAGGAAUUAUGCACUUUGUAUCCGACUUUGGGAUAUUGGGGGUGGGAUCCUUAAAAGUGAGAUUAAAUUUUUGUGCCUCAAGAUACACUACUUUGGUGAAGCUUGGGUCAGUUUAUGGGAGAGCCUAUGUGAAUCGGAAUUUAUUACCUUCAGUUAUUCCAAAGGGCUUAAUAAUAAAUGAUAGGACCAGCAACACAUGCUUAGUUUAAUCAUUUUUUCUUUUUUGCAGAGUAUUUUCUUAGUAUAAUCAGUGAAUAAUUCAUGCUAUGUUAUUUUUUGCAUAAGAGAUAACUAAAGGCCAGGCUCUUAAUUCUAGCAAACAAUGCUUUAUUUUUUUUCUCCUGCUGAAAUAAUUAGAAUACUCAGUGCAUUUCAGAUGAUCUCAGAUUAUUCUGUGGUUUGGUUCACAUAAGCAUAUUAGGUGAUAAAUUUAUGAUAAUUUAUAAUGAUAAAUUUAAAAUAGAACAACUGUCUUCGCAGCCAUCCAAAUGCCUUUUCUUGUGUGAUUUAUUUUUGUGAAGUUGAUGUUACUAAAAUGAAUACUUAUCUUAAAAUCUGUAAUAAAAUAUUGGAAAAUA